AUCAACUCCUUACUGCUGUUCAUAAAAUGGGCGCCAGUUAGACUAACUUAAAGGAAGAAACUUAUUACUGGACGUCUGAACGUUAAAUAUAAGAAGGGGCACAGCGUUAAAUAUGGCAAAGUAAACAGGUAAACAGUGUGUGAAGUUCUUAAGGGACGCUAUCUGCGCAGACAGACGUUGUGCAUUUUUUACAUGGUCUUUUCCUUUAAGAUGAUGUAAGCCUAUAUUCCCAGGAUGGCUCCCCUGCACCGUCUAAGCAGCAUCAGCAGAGACGUUUUUACGCGGUACCACCCUGUUCGAAAAGCAGCCGGAGCGUCCGCGCAGCUCCUUCUACAGUCGUGGCCGUUCACCCGCGCGACGGCGUGCACACCUGUCAAUUUCAUUCGUGCUUCAGACCACGAACGGCACAGGCUGCACCCUGAGAAUUGUCACAGAUGGAGGAUAGGUGAAGUCGUAUUAUUAUUUUUUCUCUCGCUUGGGAACAGGUGAAGGAGGUGUCCUACAUAAGCUGGAGAUUUAUUCUUGGUGAGCCGCGUUAAUGGUCUCUCUUUUGAAGUUAUCGCGGACCGCGUUAAAAUAUAUAAUUCACUCGCUCAUCUACUUCAAAGAAGUUGGAAAUUAUCCGCAGGAGAUACAGCGCUCUGUUUUUUUAUGGACUGCUGACGCCGUUGUAAACUUGGGUGUUUUUUUCCCAGAGAAGGGAUAAUGUUAAGAGAAAAGUGUUUUUGAAUUUAUUGUACAGAGGUUCUUAUCGAAAUACCUCCAGCUCUUGAGGUAUUUGAACCGAACAAACACUGGACUGAAAUUUGACGUUUUCUAGCAACCUACAAAAAUAAAGCGCUAGAGGGGAGGGGAAAAAAACAACAACUUUUGGGCCCAAAUCAAGAUUUCUGUGCAUACCACGGCUCGAGGAUUUGUGUAUGCAUGACUGAAACGAUGGCACUGAGUGGGAACUGCAGGACUUACCCGCCGACCAAAGAGCAAGGGUCUGUACAGAAUUCUUUCCCUGACGUUAUAGAAUUAAAUGUAGGGGGUCAAGUUUAUUACACGCGCCACGCCACCCUAAUUAGCACCCCGAAUUCCCUGCUGGGAAGAAUAUUCUCCCCUAAAAAGGAUGCCACUAAUGACCUGGCGCGGGACCCCAAGGGACGAUACUUUAUCGACAGGGACGGGUUUUUAUUUCGCUACGUACUGGACUACCUCAGAGACAAGCAGGUCGUGCUGCCCGACCACUUCCCAGAGAAAGGGAGGCUAAAAAAAGAAGCGGAAUACUUCCAACUGCCGGAAUUGGUCAAAAUUUUAACUCCGGAGGACUUGAAACAAAGUCCGGACGACUAUUACCACAGUGAUUUCGACGACGCUUCCCAGGGCAGCGAUCAGCGGAUGUGCCCGCCGUCGUCAUUAGUGCCAGCGAGCAGGAAGUAUGGGUUCAUCACGGUCGGGUACCGGGGCUCGUGCACCAUGGGCAGAGAGAGUCAGACCGACGCAAAAUUUCGAAGGGUACCCAGAAUUUUGAUUUGCGGAAGGAUUGCCCUCGCGAAAGAAGUUUUCGGGGAGACCUUGAACGAGAGCCGAGAUCCGGACAGGACACCCGAGAGAUACACGUCCCGGUUCUACCUCAAGUUCAAACACCUGGAGAGAGCUUUUGACAUGCUGUCGGAGUGUGGAUUCCAGAUGGUUGCCUGCAACUCGUCGGUCACCGCGUCCUUCGUCAAUCAAUACACAGAGGACAAGAUCUGGUCCAGCUACACGGAAUACGUCUUCUACCGCGGCCCGUCCAGGUGGUCGUCGCCGCACUGCGACUGCUGCUGCACGAACCACAAGGGCGACCGGGAGGCGGUGAGCGGCAACUCCUUCAGCGAGCUCUCCACCUCCAGCUCGGAGAGCCAGUCGGAGGCCAGCUCGCCGCAGGGCACGGUGAUCUGCGGGCCGGUGAGCCGGCAGGCCAACAUCCAGACGCUGGACCGGCCGCCCAAGAAGGGCCCCGUGCAGAUGCUGCAGCAGUCGGAGCAGCGGCGCAAGAGCGACCUGCUGCGCACGCUGACGGCCGGCUCCCGCGACACCAGCACCUGCAAGAAGCGGCCCGUCAAGGAGAAGAUGACCAUCGAGGAGGAGCUGGAGAAGUGCAUCCAGGACUUCCGCAAGAUCAAGAUCCCCGAGCACUUCCCCGAGAGGAAGUAUGUGUGGCAGUCGGACCUCCUCCGGAAGUACCGCCUCUGAGCCGCGGUCGACUCCGCCUCCCCCUUGCCC